GGAAGACCCUGGAAGCCCAGCUGGCUCGCACCGCGUGACCCGGGCCCACCCCUCCGGAGAGGAGCGCUCUGAUAGGCCGGGCAGGGGUUCCCGGAACGGAACGGCCCUCCUGCUGGGCUCCGGACCAAAGGUCGCACCAAGGGCUGACCGGGGACAGCGGUGACCCCCCGCCCCCAGCUCCCCGCCUGGCCCACCCGCAACUGCUGAGCCAUGGGCGCUGUGGGCUCCUCGGUGCUGAACCGCCUUGGUGUCCCACCGCCACGAUCGCCCGCGCAGCCCAGGUCCGCCUGGCUCGCAGCGGCAGCACUGGGACUGGCCGCGGUGGCGCUGGGGACGGUCGUCUGGCGCCGCACGCGGUCCAGGCGGCCGCGGCGGCUGCGGCAGGUGGGCACCGUGGCGCAGCUGUGGAUCUACCCGGUCAAGUCCUGCAAGGGGGUGGCGGUGAGCGAGGCCGAGUGCACCCCCUUUGGGCUGCGCCAGGGGCACCUGCGGGACAGGUUUUGGCUGGUGAUUGAUGAGACGGGGAACAUGGUGACCGCUCGCCAGGAACCUCGCCUGGUCGUGAUUUCCAUGACCAGUGAGGGGGACGCCCUGACCCUCCAUGCACCCUCCAUGGAGGACCUGCUGCUGCCCCUCAGGACGCCCUCCGCAGGCGCGGUGUGGAAGUGCAGGGUUCACGGCCUGGAGAUCCAGGGCAGGGACUGCGGCGAGGCGGCGGCCCGGUGGGUCACCGGCUUCCUGAAGACCCGGCCCUGCCGCCUGGUGCAUUUCGAGCCUCACAUGCGGCCCAGGAAGUCCCACCAGAUAAAGGACGUGUUCCGGCCCACAGACCAGGUCGCUUACGCCGACGCCAGCCCACUCCUGGUCCUCUCGGAGGCCUCGCUGGCGGACCUCAACGGCCGGCUGCAGCAGAAGGUCAAAGCCGCCAACUUCAGGCCCAAUAUCGUCGUUUCGGGGUGUGCCGGCUACGCGGAGGAUUCGUGGAACGAGCUUCGUGUUGGAGGUGUGGAGCUGAGGAGGGUGAUGGCUUGUUCCAGGUGCGUUCUGACGACAGUGGACCCGGACACUGGCGCCAUGAGCAGGAAGGAGCCGCUGGAGACGCUGAAGAGCUACCGCCUGUGUGACCCUUCUGAACAGAAACUGUAUGGAAAAUCGCCUCUCUUUGGACAGUACUUUGCCCCGGAAAGCCCGGGCACCAUCAAAGUGGGAGACCCCGUGUACCUGCUGGGCCCCUGAUAGGAACCGCGGGUCCUGGAGUUGCAGAUGUCCUCAGAAAUGCCAGCUCUUGCACAACAGCAUUUGGGAACGGAUCCCUCCGCGUUUUCUUAAGAUCCGUGAUUUCCAAGUCUUGUCUCUUUCGGACGUCCCGGUGCUCAAAGCAGAGAAAUACACUCUCGAUAGCAAAGCCGGACUUCAGGAGGUCACUUCAAGGACAAGAUUCUGAAACCGUGUUUAACCACGGCCGUGGGGUAAUUCUUUCUCCUGCUUCUACACUCGUCUACCCAGCACUCUCCCCUCCACCACCACCUCGUUACCGCUCCCCAGGGACAGGGAGAGAAGAGAAAGAGGAAGAUUGGGCGAGUGAGGGGAAUGUUCUAGAAUGUUCCGGAAGGUUUUAUUGCCAGGUGCGGGGGGCACGUCAUGGAAAUUAAAUACCUCCCCAAAUAGGGCUGGAAUAUCACUUUGCUUUACCCCUCAAGCCCUGGGCUGGCUCUUGAAAAGACCCUCAGGGACCACGUAAGAACCACGGCUCUUCUUGGAUCUGGCCCGGCUGCCUCUCAGUCAGUGACCAUGAAGAUUUGGUGAAUCCUCGUCAACACGCAGCCUCUGGGCUGUGGGACAGCAGAAAUGUCGGGCUGGACAUCCCACCUGUGACAGCCAGGUGGCUGUCACACGCUGAUAAGGAAACGUGUGAAAAGCAAGACCAACCACAACGGCCCUGCGGUGAAACAAGAGUAUCAGACACAUUGCACUCAUGAUCCAGGGCUUCUCCCGACGGGAGACAGGGAGCAGCAGCACCACAGAGGGGGGACCCCUGGUUGGAUGCUGUCUGAGAUGCCCGUUGAUGGUGCUGGGGAAGGAAAAGGUAGGGCGCCUCUGCAGGUAAGAACCCAAAGGAAGCUUCUUAGCAGGAGGUGGUGCCAUCUAGUGGCACUGAAGGGCAGCGCAGGCUACGCUGUUGAAAAGACUGGG